GAGUCCCUCGCCAGCCACCUGCCUGAUUAACAAUGGUUCACUCAUUCAUCAACAGCGGUAUUGCUAUGUCACGGCGUUACCUUUUGACGUCCAGCCAAUCAGGCGCUGCAGGUGGCGGAGACUGAAACCAGAGCUGCGGAGGGCUGGCAGUGUGCUAGACCGCCUCAGAACCGACACAUGGUUUACCUAAGAUUUUAAACGCUUUGGUGCUUCAGGCGCGUUGGGACUGUAGGAGUCGAAACCGUUUGUUAUUGCUUUUUGGCGCAAGUUAAAAGUACCGUGGUUUACCUGGGAAACUUCAGUUUUCUGUCUUGUUUCUGGGAGGAGAAUUUGACGAAUUGCCGCUGCCAGCAUGUCUCGAGACCCAGACGACGUGAACAAACUUACAGAAACCACGUAUAAGAACGUGAUGGAACAGUUCAACCCAGGACUGCGCAACCUUGUGAACCUUGGGAAGAGCUACGAGAAAUCGAUGGCAGCGAUGACCCUUUCUGGAAAGGCAUAUUUUGAUGCAGUCUCAAAGAUUGGAGAGAAUGCUGCUGUGUCACCAGUCUCCAGGGAACUGGGAUUGGUCCUGAUGGAGAUAUCUGAAGUGCAUAAGAAGGUCCAACUGGAGCUAGAGGAGUCUUUCAAAAGGUUUCAUAGAGACAUCAUCAUAGAACUGGAGAGGAAAACGGACAUGGACGUCAAAUACAUGACUGCCACAUUCAAGAGAUACCAGUCAGAGCACAAAAUGAGGCAAGACUCGCUGGACAAAUCACAAGCAGAUCUGAAGAAACUACGCCGAAAAAGCCAGGGGAAGCAUUCCAGCAAAUAUGAGAUCAAGGAAAAUGAGUUUUUAGAGACAAUCUCAUCACGACAGACGGACAUGCAGAAGUUCAUAGCGGAUGGCUGUAGAGAGGCCUUGCUGGAGGAGAAGAGGAGAUUCUGCUUUCUGGUGGACAAACAUUGUAUCUUUUCCUAUCAGAUGGCAGCUUUUCAUGACAAGGCAAAAGAGAUGAUGUCUCUGAAGCUUCCCAGCUGGCAGGAUAAGUGUAGUGAUGCCACCAAGGUCCCAGACACAGUAAUGUCCCUGAUAGAGGGCAUGACUACUCCAGUUUCGAUGACGUCUAACUCUUCGCUUCUCGUGGAGCACUUUGACAGGAGUAAUUCAGACUCUGUGGUGCCACCACCAGCCCCAUUGCUGAAAGCUCAAACCAGUCCAUUGGUGAAUAUGUUCUCCCAGGAGCUCCCCAGAAGCCCCAUCUCCCCAGAGACUUACUCAGACCAGGAUAGUCUCGAUGGUAAUGGCCUUUCCAGGUCUACGUCUGUGUCCAGCGGUAUGAACAUGCUAAAGAAGCUGCGAGUGCAGACUAUCUUCCCACACACAGCUGGAAACAACGAAACCCUGCUCAGCUUUGAUGAUGGAGAAAUCAUCGCUUUACUUAUUCAGGAAGAGAGAGAUGGCUGGCUCUACGGGGAAAUGGAGAAAACCGGACAAAGAGGCUGGUUUCCAUCAUCAUAUUGCCGACCUUACAGCGAUCCUGUGAUCACAGACAUGAUUGAGGCCCCUCUGCACCCCCUAAAUGUGGUGGAUCUACCUGACCAGCACAUAGAGGAUGAGGAGGAAGAGGAACAGCAGCCUGUGCUGCUGCCUCCCCCUGACUACAGUGACUCAUCCAGGAAGCCCUCCCCGCAAAACACGGGGCACAAACAGAAGCCAAGCCUAAAGCAGUUGAUCUAUGCUUCCCUCCCUACUGCUUCUAAACUGCGAUUGAGCCUGCAUACUAACUGAAAGGACUUGGCAACUGGGAAAGAACUGGAUAAAAAAAAAUUAGGAACUAGCAUAAAACGACGUUGGGAGGAAAGAAAGCCACAAUAAUGUAACCUUUUGUUCUUGCCAGGAGGAUAAGGGAGGAUUUGAAAAAUACUAAGCGUUACUGUCAUUGUGCAAAAUAAAGACAUGUGAAAAAUGCUCCCUACCUGGUUUGGUCUUGGCGCAUGAGGAGGGAGGAUGAAGGGAUGAACAGUAGAUUCCAGCACAUCAACAAGCAUGCACAGACACACACAUACCCACUGGUGAGCGUCUGCGGUUGCACUCUGUUGAGUGUUCUUAAGCCAGAUUGCUUUCUCUGGGCUCUUGGAGAAAUAGGUGCCUAAUGGAACUAGAAGUCUGUGUGCUGUAUGGUCAUGUGACUGGUUGUUGGGUGCACUCUUAAAUAUAAAGGUGCCAAACAGGGUUCUUUGGAGUGAUACCAACUAUUUUUAGUCCCCUAUAGAACAUUUUAAUGGAUGGUUCUUUUUAAAGCUUUUUAAUUUUGUAUUUAAUUAUAAAGAACCUUUUGAAAGUGUUUGUAACCCUCCAGACAGUGUACUUCUAAACAACUUAAGGGUUUUUCUUGAAAGCGUAGGUCAGAGAUCAUUCUAUUGUUGAUUUUUAUUUCCAGUCAGAAUGGCCUUUAAGUGCAAGUUGUGUUUCAGUGUCAGUUUAAAAAAAAAAAAAGCAGGAAAACAUAUUUAACAGAAAUUACACAAAGCCUCCAACACUAAGAAUAAUCUAAAAUUAAUGUCCGCUCUUCAUUUUUGUGCAUCUUACUGCCGCUUUCUCUUAAUCUUGCGAUUUAGCAUCUGACAACUGUGUACCUUUGACAAAGGAGUCACUGAAAUUGUUAAACUUCAAAGAAACACUGACAUUCGACCAAAAAAAAAAAAACCUACCCAAGCACAUCUGUCUUGGAAAUUUCUCUUUUGUGUCUCUUUUUGUGUCUGUUUCUGAGAUUAGAUUAGAAAAUAUAGAAACCAUACUUGAAGAUUUUUAAUCUUUGAUAGAAUCUAGCUCAGUUCUUGCUUCAAAUUUGAAAAAAAUCCAUCCUUCCACUGUGUGAGGGCAACAUAGUAUUUAGCGGUACAAAUACCAAAAAUAUAUUUAGUUAUUGAGGCUUCUGUGAAGCUCUGUUCAAAUUUUAAUUUCUUCCUAGUACUUAUCAACUGUUUUGACUGGAAAUUAAAAGAAUGAAAGUGUGAUCUCUGACCUUUUGUACACUAUUGCACAUUCAAGAACCAUUCAGGAACCUUUAUUUUUAAGAGCGUUGCUAGGGCUACUUCAUGGACCCCUUCUCCUCUUCCGCUUUUGUGGGCCUUAUUAUGAUACUGGUCUGCCCCCUAGAGGAGGCAGUGUGCUUUAAGCUGUGCCUUAAUCUCAAACACAGGGUUUCUCAGUGGCGAUAGUACUUAGUAGCCCCCAACGCCUUAUAAAACUCACCGCGUACUUCAGUGAAGAGCCCUCAAACGUUAAGAAACUCUAGUAAUGUUGUGAUGUUUGAUUAUGAAAAGUAUAGCCCUCAAAACCAUGUACUUCAGUAGAAUGGAAUUUGAAGUUGGAUUGUCAACAUAAAGAUGGAUGAGCUAGUGUUUCACGAUCAUCAAGAUUUUUGACUCCUAUAAUUAGAUCACCACAUGUCCCAGCUUCAGCUGUGUGCUAUAAGAUUCAGAAGACAAUGAGUUGAUAUCCUAAUCCAACCAGUCUUGCAGCAUCUCUCUGCUUAGUCUGUACUGAGCCCAAGAUCAGCAUUCAGACUUAAUGCCAGUCUUUACUACUACAAGCCUGUUACAGUAAUAGUUUUGAUUUUUGAACUUUUUUUGUGU